CGCAGGCACAUGCUUGAAGCUGUCGUGCCGAUGACGAGAAAGACCGGAAGCUCCAUUCUGAACAACUCAACUCCACGCUUUUUCAGCUGUGCAAUCUCGGUGAUAUUCACAGUCGCAUCCACUCUGCUUGAUUCAGCUACUUUCAGCCACUUGUUUUUCUCUCUCCCUUGCUUGUGAUCCAUAUCUUGCGCAAGGUUUAAAACCGGUGCAACCCCUCCAUCCCACUUGUCGCAAGUUCUUGCUUGCUCCCUUUCUCUAAGAAAUUCUUCCUUAACCAUCAUCACCUCCAACAACCAGACAAAACAAAACACCGCAAUGGUUUGGCCCUUCAGCUCCUCAUCCACCCCCUCCAAACCUGACCAACAAACCGUCCACAAUGCUACCGCUGAAACCGUAAAGAAAGUCGCCAACACAACCAAAGACCUUGACCCUAGCACUAAGCUCCCCGAGCCGAAGAAACUCCCCGCUGAGCUCCAAAAAAUCGUCGACAAGGCCGACAAAGAUGAAAACUUCUUUGACGAGCUUUACGAGGGAUAUGUCCCCCCAUCAACCGACUCCAACGUCCGCUACGCAGCCUACGCCUCCCGCUUCCGCACCAUCCUCCUCUCCGCCCACCGCUACGUAGCCUACACCUCCGACAUAGGCGAGUCCUUCCGCCCCGUCGCCCAUCCCAACUGGGUCCGCGCAGCAUACGGCAUCUCCUGGGCAUAUAUCCUUGGAGACGUCUCCUACGAGGGCUACAAAGCCUACUGGCACAACCAACGCAUCCUCAACCCCGCCAUCGAGCUGUCCUCUCACCAGAAGAAAUUACUUGGUGUCGAGGCGACGCAUGAUAGCACCUCGCCAGCGAAGCUCACGCCAGGUGUUGUCCCGCCGUUGGAGGACUACAGAACUGUCAUGCUGCAACGGGGUAUCUUCCAGAGCUUGGCGAGUAUGGGGUUGCCGGCGUUUACGAUCCACUCCGUGGUGAGGUAUUCUGGCCGGGCGAUGAAGGAUGUCAAGAAUAAGACUGUCAGGACGUGGGGUCCGAUUGGGUUGGGUUUGGCUGUGGUGCCGUUCUUGCCGAGGAUCUUUGAUAAGCCGGUUGAGAAUGCGGUUGAGUGGGUGUUCCACAAGGGGUUUGAGGCUUAUGGGGGGGAGAAGAUGGUGGGGGAUGCGCCGUUGAUUGGGAGGGAGAGGCAGUUGAGUGAGAAGCCGCUGUCGAGUGGGAAGGAGAAGAGGGAGUAAUGAAGGAAAAGAAAAGGGAGUGUGGUGAUAUUUGGUGUGAUAACCUGUCUACUCUUUUUGUGUUUGUACAUAUUGGAAUCUCCACUCGGUGGGGAUACGAGAGGAUGGUGGGAAGAUCGGACUGGGUUGGAAUUUACCGAUAUGGGUGGUUAUUUUUUGAUAGCGUUUCUCACCACCCACUACUUGGCAACGAAAUGAGACGCCCAGGAAGCCUGGUUAACAUAAAGAGAAAUGACAACAAACAGUGGUAUAUCAACUGGGCCCC